AACAAAAAGAAAGUAAACUUUUUGUUUCUGUUAGUCGCAAAUUGUCGUGUGUGAUGGUAGUUUGUUUGUGAACCUUUUCUUGGAUAUCUUAUUUUUCGUGUUAUAUAAUGGGACAGUUUUUUAAAAUAGCCCUUUUUCUUUCUCUUACACUUACAUAUACCCUUGCCGACGUAUCAUCACUGCAAGAUCAUAAUCAGGAUCAUUUAGAUCCCUUAUCGAAUCAAGACCAAGAACUUACUACAAACAACCAAGAUAAAAGGACCAUCUGCUCCACUUUUAAUAAAUGUGGAAGCACUAGUAGUUAUGUUAAACGAUUAGUAAUAAAAAAACCGCAAAAAACCGUGUUACUAAGACCUGUUGGGAUUAGACCGGUUAUUGUAGGUGGCUAUAGAUACACAAAACCAAAGUUCCAACUCAAACUAAAAGCUCCAACCACAGUUCAUGGCGGUUGGAAGCCUGUAAUAGCAACUCAGUCAAAACCUGCAGUAGAAGUAGUAAAGCCAGCAAACCAUAUCGAUGUAAUUCACAACUAUCCAGUACCUCACCUAGACCAAGUGGCACCUAGUGUUCUGCAUCAGAAUUUUGCUACCCCUCAUUCACAUAUUCAACCAGAUCAUAUACAUCUACAUGCAGCAGUUCAACCGGAAUUUGUACAUUUAUCGUCACUUUUACCUGCACCUCAUGUUGACCAGCUGCAUCAAGUAAAUGUUCAACAUGGUAACCAUUUUGACUCUUUUACUCAUCUUGAUCAUCUACAACCAGAACCACAACCUCAGCCUAUAGUACCCGUAGCGCAACCAGUUGUUCAAGUGGCUUCACCUCCGGUUGUUCACUCUCCAACUUUAUUUGAAGUAACCCGCCCCAAUUUAGGAGUUCUGCCUUUAGGCGCCAGAUUUCCGCAUCCAGUUUUAAAAGAAGUAGCUCCACCACAGACGCAUAUAGCACCUGUGCCAUUACCUGCUUCACCUGUACCUCUACAUGAGCACAUAUUACCCCAUCACCAUCACACUCCUGCAAUACAAGGAAUUAUUCAAACUCCUAUAGGAUUACCGGCAAUAGCUCCUCAGCCAGGGGUAUCAGUAGAAUAUCAUGGAACAAGAAACUUUUUGGCUCUUGCACCUCACCUUCAUUUUGGAGCAUUACAUGCUCAUCAGCAAUUGCCCGUAGAACAUCCUGCACAUAAUUUUGCUAUUCAGCAAGACUUACCUUUUCCUCAUUCUGCCCAUGGAUUUGUCACUCCUCAACAAGCAUUACCUUUUGAACAUGGUGCUCAUGCAUUUUCUACUACACAACAGGCAUUACCCCACGAUCAUGCUACCCAGUUUGCCGUUCACCAACAAUUACCUCACGCACAGCAACAGCCGCAUUUUCAACAAUAUCAAGAUAUACCUCAAGGGCAAUUACCUUUAGAAGGUGAACAUCAAUUCCAUGAACAAUUUGGCUCGACUUUGAACUUUCAAAAUCAAGGUCAAGUAAUCCAGCCUGGUCAGUCUGACUUACAGAUUCCUUACCACUUGCCUCAACAUGCUGGAUGGGAACAAGAGGAAUCAGGUCAAGAGGAAAGUAGGGGUAAUGCAGAACAGACUUUUAGGCCAUCGCCGCAAUUACAAGCUCCGUAUGUAAAGUAGAGAACUGCGAUGCGAAAAAGUAUUUAUUUAUAUGUUUUUGUUAUGCUUCUAGUCAUAUAUUUUAUUUUUGUUAAUAAAUUCGUUUGCAAUAAAAAA